UCGAGCAACGCUGAGAAUGAGCGAUGAGGACGAACUGGACUUGGAAGUUGAACAAAUAAUGUGUGAAAAUAGAAAAGACGACGUUUCUAAAGAGAGCGUAACGGCUAACGGCAUGAAUGAUGAUGAAGAUUCAAUAGUCGUAGAAGGAGCAGUUGCAAUCGAAUGUUCUUCUGGUGAACUUACGACGUUGAGUAGAGACGUGGAAUCGGCGGAUAAAGACAGCAAUGGUGACACCGCUGGUGGUUCUCCGGAAGUUGCCAGGAUGUCUGAAAAUGAAUUGACAAACGUAGAUCACCAGUUGGAUAGAUUGCAAUUGUUUAGCAAAGGAUUGGCAUUCGAGAGGAAUGCAAAGCCUGCUUAUGCUCUCAAAUGCUACAUGGACUGCUUGAAAGAUCUAAAGGAUGGCACUUCAUUUAGCAAAUUACCCCAAUGCUUACACAGGAUUGCAGACAUUUAUUAUGAAGACAAGCAAUAUGAGAAAGCACUACAAUUUAUUCAGGCCGAAAAGCUAUAUUAUGAAAAAGCUUUGAUAGAUCUUGGAGAUUUGUUGGGAAAUCAAGAUGAAAAACCAAAUAUAUCUAAUGCAGAUGUCCUUGCACAGUCUGCUAUACCAGAGUCUGACAGUCAUCUUGUUAAUAAAGCAGCAGAGUAUGAAAAACUGGCACGUUUGUGCUUGGAAGAUCAAAAACCACACUUGGCAUUAGAAUAUUGUGGCAAGGCUACAAAGAUACAACAGUCUGUGUUUGGAGACAGCCAUCCUAUUACGUUACAGACCUUGGAAUUAUUUACGUCGAUAUAUGCAGAAGUUGGUCGUUUGCAAUAUUGUGAUGCUAUGAAACGAUACACAAAUGGAUCUGGUGAUACUAAUGUUAAUUCUACAGAAUGUGAUGAAACCACUGGUUCUGAAACAGCACACAUGGAGCCAGACUCUGUUUGUACCAAUAGUGUGCCUGAUGUAGCUGUAUCAAAUGUAGGUGCAUCAGAAACAAAAGAUAGCACUGAAGCUGACUCAAGUGAGAAGAUUGGAGAACAUACAGACAAUAAUGCUGGAUCAACCAACACCACUGCUUCGUCUCCUGCUGAUACAAAUAAACAGCGGGCGUCUUCCUUACCAUCACAGUCUUGGAACAUGAAGAUGCUUCUGAUUUACUUUAUUGUGACUCUGGCAUUGGCUGUUAUUCUUACUCUGCUUUGGUGCGAUUACGGUGGCAGCACGGCGUGCCCUUCUAGCAGACUCGUUAUUCAAAGAGUGAGAUUUCAUUUGAGACAUUAUUUCUCUUGAAGUGCAAGCAUAGAGUAAUAUUUGAAUUCUAACGGUUUUACUAGAUGCUUACUUUAUUAGUGAACUAAUUCAAGCGUAAGUAAGUUAGCAGUGUAAUACAUGUAUAAACAGGUGCUGUAUGUAAUACGGCUAUAAAGACUAUGUACAGGGAAAGUAUUUGACUUAUGAUGCUAUACACAGGAAGGCAAUUAAACGCAUUCGUUUAUUUCGAUU